AUGGCUACCAGCAGCAGCACAGAUGAUCCAGAUCUAUUGAAUCUUCAAUCAACCUUCGAUGAACAGCAGGCCAAAAUAACCGCCCUGCGCGAAAUUAUCCGACAAACAGAGGCGGUAAACGACAUAAAACAUGCAUCGGCGCAAGAGAAAGUAAAAAACAUCGCCCAGCGCUUGACGCAUUUCAAAACGAAGGUUACCACCUCCCGUUUAAACCGUGCCAGCAGUAUGAGUACUUCCUCGCAAUCCCUGGCAGGUGACACUGGGCAGAAAAAUCCGACCGAAUCGAUUCGGUUCGAUACGCGAGGAACACCUUUUCAGCGUGGCCGAUCGGAAUCAUCGGGCAUUGACAAAUGUUCGCUACUCCGACAGCAAAUCGAGGAGAACCGGCAAAAGAUGGCAGAAAGGGAAUCAAGCCAACGCGAGGUGGAGGAGAAGGUCAUCAAAAUUAAACACAUGCUAGAUGAGGCACAACAGUCGCUGAAGAUGUCUACGGAACUCGAACGAUCGAACACGUGUCUCGCUGAUCUAGAUUCACUGGUAAUGAACAGUGCAGCUUACUGUAACCAAAGUCUGUUCGAUAGCGAGACGGGAAAUAUUACGACCUCUACACAGUACAAUUUUACGCACGAGGUUGACGAUGCAUUCCAGGAAGAUCUGACGCAGUUCGAGGGCAGUGUUCGCGGGGCUCAAAUGGAGCAAAAGAACAACGAAACCCUCGAGCACAAGAUAGCGACUUUGGAAGAUAGCUUGCUACUUAAGGAAAACAUCCUCGAGGAACAGCUACGAUCGUUCCAUUUGCUGGUCAACAGUUUGCUUCAAGACGACAGUAAAUCGGCACAGCCAAGUGUUUUGUUAAUAAACGAUCUUUACAACAUGCAGAUACAACUUUUUCAACAUAUCUACAAAGUUUCCAGCGACGAAGCGGCCAGUCGGCUAAUUGAUUCUUACGGUUGCGAUCCAAUAGAAAGCGCAGCUGCAAAAAAUCGGAUCAUACAGGAAACAGCCUCUGCUGCGGAGUUAUCAGUGGCGAAAAUGCAAUAUCAUGAAACUACCCGACAGACAGAUAACAUAGAAUUUGAUGAUGCUGUCGAGAAAAUUGCUGCGUUAGAACAAACUAUAGCUUCACAAGACGCCGAAAUGGAAAGAUUGAAUCAGCAAAUGACCGAUUUGCGGCAUUCACUGGAAGAGAGAACGAUCGAACUGAAUGUUAUGACUGCCAACGUAUCUGUACUGCAAGAGAAGUUAAAGACCAGUGGGCCUAAGCCUUUGUUCCCGAGAACAGCAGAUGAGGAAGCCGAAACAGAGACGUCGAAACUAAAACAGCAGCUAGACGAAUCCAAUAAAAACAUGAUCAAAUGCAAACUGAAGAUAAAACAGCUUCAAAAGCAAGUUGAAACGUUUAAAAAGGCUUCGAAUAUGCACGAAGAGGUCGCCAGGUUGACCGAGGAGUUAAGUGACUAUUCGCAGCGGCUAAUCGAAGCAGAGAAGCGAAAAACUAGCCAAUCUGGUAUCGAAACUGACUGUGACACGUUGGCUCCUGAGUUACAGAAGCGCAUUGAAAUGCUAGAGCUCACGUGUCAAAACCAAGCGACGGCCAUGCAACUACUCGAGGAACAGAAGAAUGAUCUCAGCGAGGAUUUGUACCGCAUCAGAAAUGAACUACAGUCCCUAAAUGAUCACGUAACCGUCACCGAUAGUGGCGACAACGGGCGAAUAGCUAGCCAGAUGUUAUCCAUCGAGCUUGAGGAAAAGCUUGAGAAGUGCAUAGCUGAUAAGACGGAGCUCACGCAGGUGCUGAGCUGCUGGGAGGCGGAAAAAUCUGAACUGCAGCAAAAGUUGCAGCAUUAUGCAAAGGAAAACGAGGAAUUGCGUGGCAAAAUUGAUAAGCUUAGCCUCGAGAAAGUGAGCUCGGCGGAAUCGAUCGAAAUCCUGGAGAAUCUAACGUUGCACGAGAAGCAGGAAAUGGAAAACUCCGAAAAGCGUGUGUCGAGCGAAGGCAAGCAGACGGACACGGAAAAAGGAACGGAACGGAACCUGGACGACUCGAAAGAAGACCUCAAUGAAAGCUUACUUAAGCUGAUGGAGGAGAGCAAAGAGCUGAUGGUUAAGGUUGAACUGUUCACGGAUGAACGGCGCGAAGUGCUCGAGAAAUUGGAUGCAAUUUCGAUCGAGAAUCAAGCGUAUAUAUGCGAGCUGGAUAAGUUGAAGGAGGCAAACGAACAGCUGCGAAGCUACAGUGUCGAACUGGCAUCGGCAAAAUCCGAACUAGAAGAUAAGCUACGAGUAAUUAAUAACGAAAAGGAGACUAUUUUGCAAGACCUAGAUACGGCAAAGGUUAGUAAAAAUGAUGGCGACGAUGCAAGUGGACACACCGUAUUCCAGCCAUUUGAGAUGCCCGAAGAGCAAGCCUUCGAUAAGGACGUGUAUCAGCAAUCGUUACUUGCGGUGGAAACGGAGGUAACCAACUAUAACAAAAGCAAGGAUAAACAAAAGAAAAUACAAAUAUCGAAAAAGCUUACGGUGAAUGCAAAAACCAUGGUAACUAUGAGCAGACUAUUGGUGGAUGAAUACGACAGAUACGUGUCUGAACGAACGGCACUGUACAAGCAAGAUAAAGAUUCAGCUAUAAGCGUGCUGGAAGCGAAACUCGAUGAGGUAAAUAAAUCGGUGGAAGUAAAAAAUUCCCAAAUAGCGCAGCUGCAAAACGAAAUUGCAUUACUGAAGCACGAGCUCGAAAAAAGCUCCGACGAUGAGCCGGAAUUGUUAAAGGUAGAGCUAAACAGUAAGAAUGAUGAAAUUAUGCUGCUGAAAAAAGAUAUCGACGCGCUGGUUGACGCGAAGUCGGCCGAGUUGCUGCAAAUACAACACAGGCUGUUAGAUGCGCAGAAGGAAAUCCAUCAUCUUAAGGGCUUCUCUACGGAAGUGCAAUACCAGCUAGAUGUGAUGACGUCCCAGCGGACAAAGGAUGUUGAGGCCAGAGAUCGACAGAUAGAGCAGCUCCAGUCGGAACUGCGAAGCUCUCGCUCGGCGCGAGAGUCAUUGAACGAACACAUAAGCCAAGCAGUGGAGCAAAAGCAAAACACAAUCGAUGUACUCAACGUUCAAAUACAGGAUUUAUACGAAAAGAUUCAGGAAGCGUUUAACCGAGCGGAAAAGCUCGAGGCAGAGAAAAAAGAAACAGAGCAAAAGAACGAGGAGCUGCUCGAGAAGCUGAAAAAGUUUGCUGCCAACCUGAAAAAGAAGAACAUCCAAUACACCUCCUUAGAGAAGGAUAAUGAGCGAUUGAAGGAAUCGAAUCGGAACCUUACGGAACGGUUGGAAAUGGCCGAAAACGAACCACCAUCGGAGGAUGCGAACGAGCUGAAAGCGGAAAACGAACAGCUAUCUCAGAAGCUACACCAUCUGAACAACGAGCUGCAUCGGUUAUUGGAGCAGAAGUACCAAAUGGAAUCGGAAUGUCAGACCAGCCGGGAGGAACUGCGAACGCUUGGUGAAAAAUUAGCCCAAACGCAGGCAACGUUGUUGGAGAGAUGCGCGCAAUUGGAAAGCGUAGAGGCAGAGCUGGUAGCUAGCCGGGCUGAAACGAGCACCGCCCGGGAGGAGGUGUCCAGCAAGAACAGUAAAAUCGAAAAAUGUAAAGCCAUCAUCAAGGAGAAAAUAAAGGAAACGCAACGGCUACAGGAACGGGAUCGCCGAACGGCCUAUCUAGAGGACGAGUUGAGGAUGACCCAGAGUAAGCUAGAAGAUUUCCACAACCAAACGCUGCUGUUGGGUAGGUUGAAGAGCGAGAAAGAGGAGCUUAACGGGGCCGUUAAAGCGGAGCAUGAGCAGCGCAAGUGCGUGGAAGACAGACUCGCUCAACUACAACAAGAAUUUGAAGCGGUUCAAGAACGCAUCAGAAUGUUGGAUGAUAAUUUAUCGUACGUAGAAGGCUGGGUGAAGCGAUACGGAGCAAAGUGGCAUUCGCCAACUGAAUCCCAGAUAUGUGUAAAAGCGGAAGAUGUUUCACCAGACAUGUUCAGGUGGUUUGACAUACUGCUGGAGACCGAUAAAUUCCUUACACAAAUGUUCGCCCAGAAAGCUAAACAAAUCAAGACCAUUCAAUUGCGCUUACUGGGAGCGGAACAAGACGCAGAUGAUCUUGAAGACGAGGUGAGCGACAUAGAAACGGAGCUCGAAAAUACUCGCUACAAGUGUAAAGAAUACGCGCAACGGUACAACGAAAAGGAACAGGCUGCAGCACAGCUGAGGCAAGAGUUAAGCACAGCGCAGAGCGAAUUGCAGCGAGCGAUGGGCGAACUAUCGCAGAUGACGUCGCAGGCUUCUGAGCAGGUUAUGUUGCGCGAUGAGAUCGAAAUGGUGCAGGCGCAGCUUCUGGCAUCGCAACAUGCGGAACUAGCAAUGCUACGCCAACAGCUGGAAAAUGCAAGCCAUGAUCAUACGCUAAUGAUCGAGCAGUUGCAAAAUGUUCAAGAAACCAACGCCGCAUAUUCAGCGGAAGUCACAUUGCUACGAGAAAACGUAUUAGCCCUCGAGCGCCGGGCGGUUGAAGAGUCGGCUAAUAUUGCGAAAUUAAACACGUUAAAUGAAACUCUUCGCAGCGAAAUUCAGCAGAUGCAAGAAAAAUUGGCUGCCACUGAGGACGGCCAAAAGGAAGCGUUAGUACGAUGCGAUCACCUUCAAGCCACAAAUGAGACCAUGCAAGAUCAGCUAGUGCAGGAGAAGCACGUGAAAGAGCAGCUCAAUGAAACGCUUAAACAACGGGAUCAGGAACUGCACACGAUGCGCAGGAAGUACGAAGAACUAACCGAACAGCAAAACGUCGCGGGCAGAUACCAAACGAUCGAGCUGGAACGGUUAAACCAGCUGCUGCAUGAGGCUGAAAAAGCACGGGUAGCAUUGCAACAUGUGCUGGAUAGCCUUCAGUCGAAGAAUGGCGAGCAGUCGCGUGAAAUCGAGCUGCUGCGUGAGAGCCUAACGUCGCUUGAGAGGCAAUCACAGGAAGACAAAACGAACGUUACGAUCUUAACUUCCUUGAACCAAUCUCUCAAUGAGGAUUUGGAUCUGUUGCAACAGCAGACCAGUAUUGUAGACCAGCGCUAUCAAUCGCUGCUGGAUGAGUUCGACCAGAUGCGUGUUGAGCUGGAAGGUUCCGAAGCAGCCCGGCUGCAGGAAGUUAGCAUGAAGGAGCAGUUACAGCAUUCACUCCAGUCAAAGGAGCAGGAGUGUGUGGAGUUGCAGCAAACACUUGCUGAGCUGCGAGACGAGUGCGGACAGCUCAAACAGACCCUAGAGAAGUCCGACUCUGCCAUCGAGCAGCCACAACAGCAGCCGAAACCAGAGCAAGACUUCUGCAUGUGGGACGAUGCAGAGGGUUGGGGUGAUACGGCGCGGUUGGAGGAAAUCAUCAGCACGAGGGACGACCAGAUCAAGCAGCUGGGUUUCGAGAAGGAGCUAAUGGCGCAAGAAAUCACAGACCUCAAGGUAAAGUCCGGAAAGUUACUGCGUAAGCUUAAGGAAUGCAAAGUAAAAUGUGACGCGCUGGAAGCCACCGGUCAAGGUGGUAACGGUGCCGGAACAGCUGCACCUGUGGUGUCCUCGGACGCGCUCGAGAACAGAAUCCAGGAGCUGGAGUGGAAGCUUGGUGAAGUCGAGCAUGAGCGCACAAUGCUGCAGCGCGAAAAGGCGACACUUGACAUGAAGCUGGACAUGCUGGAGAACGCGUGUGAGAAGCUGACGGAAGUAAAGGAGUACCAAGAUCAGCAGAUUGAAAUGCUGAAAAAAGCGCAAGAUGCAGUACAACAGCAGGGACCGGGUGUACCGUCAUCCACCGCAGCUGAAGAGGAGCUUAAGGAGAAAGUGCGUCAAUGCACCGCCACGCUGCAGGUUCGUGAAUCGGAAAUAGCACAUCUGAACGCCCGGUUGGAAAAACUUGUCGAAGAAGCGACCGUUAUGGUUAACCUGCGCCAACGGGUGGAUGAGUUAGAGCAAUUGAACGAGGUGUUGAAGGCGUCAAAUACUCCACCAUCAACGUCCGAAGUAACUGAUUUUGCUGAACUGCAGCGCGAAGAGUUGCAACACACCAAUCAGUUGCUCGAGCAGGAAAAGGCUGAGAUGACACGUGAGCUGGAGGUGCUCAAUCAGCAGAUACUGCACGACCUUCAGUUCGAGGAUCGAUUGAACAAAGCACUGCUAGAGCUGGAUGCGAAAGGUGUCGAGAUACAGAUGCUUCGUUCAACGCUGGAGCAGUUACAGUGUGGAGGCGCAGGUGAUGCACCGCCGAUCAUCGACGAGCAAGGGCAGAAUGAGCAGAUCACUAACCUAAAAGAGCGCGUACAGGAACUGGAACAAGAACGAGCUCAUCUGCUGCAGGAGCACGUGCGCGAAGGUGAACCACAACUCACGCCACCUCAAGUCAUCGACGAUGCCACAGUGAAGGAAGUGCUGGAACGUCAAGAGCUCGAGAUCGUAACGCUCAAGGAGCAGCUCGCUUUGCGUAGCGCAGAGUACGCACGGCUGGCGGCACGUGUCGAUCCGUCGAAACUGUUCCAGGUCGGACUCGGUACGUGGGAUUCGAUGCCGAAACCGGAACAGCAGCAACUUCAGCAAAGCGGAGACCGUGAGCUGCGCGCGAAGCUUGAGAGCACACUCUACGAGAGCUUCCAGAUCGAAAUGCGCUGUAAGGAGCUGGAACUCGAGCUGCGCAACCUGCUGAAGGAGCGAGACACUCUUCAGCUUAAACUCUCGAACGCGCUACGUCUCAACGAGGAGUACAAGUUGCGAUGUGCCGGUUCCGCUACCGGAGAUCAAGCAGAGUACGGAACAUCCGGCGAGUGUUCGAUCGAUGCCUCACCGGAUCGUUCGCUCGUUGGCUUACCGACGGACAUGCGCCCAUUGUCCAGUCUCUCUGGGUCACGAUCAGUAAACGAUUCGCAAGAUCUAACCUCCAAGCUAUCGGAGCUGCACUCUAUCAGCUACGCGAAUGAGACACGCUGGCAGGAAGAGCGCGAGGAUCGCAAUCGCCAGCUGGCGCUGAACCAGCGCGAUCUUGCUAACAUGCCGCUUGGUAAGGUCCUAAAAUUUUCCGAGACACUUCUUUCAGCGGACUCCGAAGCGACAUCACAACAAAACGCAUCGACGGGGCUGCUGAGUUGGCUUCUGGGGAAGAAAUAG